AUGGCCGAUGCCACUCCCUAUCGAUCAAAUAGUAGUAUCACUAGGCAGAUGUGGCUUCAUGUGGUUGGGUCGCUGUCAAUGACUGGCUCAAUAAAAACAACUCAGAAGCAAUGGCAUCAGGAGAACCCGGCGGGACCAGAUACGCAAGCCCAGCUUAACGGCCGGAAGUGGGAUAAGGUCACAGUGCCCCUCCUCCGCCCCGAGGAUCAAACGUCUCCCUUACAACUUCCUAUUUCGCAUUAUCUAUUUUCGACAUAA